ACCGAUGAUUCACACAGCUGCUAGAAACGUAUUGCUUCUCUGAUAGUGAUGGUUCCAUUAUUAUCCUGUAUCAACUGAGAAUGUGGACCGGUACCGGUACCGGGUUGGUUCUGAGCCCUACAUGAUUUGAACAGAACUUUCUCCGAACUUCUAAGUUGAUGUAAAAUAAAGAUCAGCAGCUCCUGAUGUUUCAAACAUGAACCAGUUUAAAUUAUUAUUAUUAUUAUUAUUAAUGUCAUUAACAGUAAUAUACAGAAUCACCAUGGCAACUCAUGGACAGUUAAAGCUCAGUGUGACCGGCCUCACCACCAGGGGGAGCCCAAGAGCUGUAUUUAUUUCUUCUACAAACAUUAUAAAUAUAUUCUAGUAAAAUAACUUUAGAAUUAAUUUGAUAAUAUAAACACAUAGAAAUUAUUACUAAAAUAAAGAGUUCCAUGUAGCGCCCCUAGUGGCCACUUAGUUUGUUUAUGCCGUGAGCUGGUCUUGGUUCUGAGGUUCUGACUAACCGGGCCGUCCCCCCAGGUUCUCUGGCCGGGGUGAUCGACCUGGCGGUGGACUGGAUGACGGACCUGAAGGAGGGCGUGUGCCUGUCGGCGUUCUGGUACAGCCAUGAGCAGUGCUGCUGGACCUCCAACCAGACCACCUUCGCCGACCGGGACAAGUGUCCGCAGUGGCAGAAGUGGGCCGAGCUGAUGACGGGCCACGCCGAGGGCGCCGGGGCGUACCUGCUGAACUACUUCCUGUACAUCCUGUGGGCCCUGCUGUUCUCCUUCCUGGCCGUGUCGCUGGUCCGAGUCUUCGCCCCGUACGCCUGCGGGUCGGGGAUCCCGGAGAUCAAAACCAUCCUGAGCGGGUUCAUCAUCCGGGGCUACCUGGGGAAGUGGACCCUGCUGAUAAAGACCGUCACGCUGGUUCUGGCCGUGUCGUCGGGCCUCAGCCUGGGGAAGGAGGGCCCGCUGGUCCAUGUGGCCUGUUGCUGUGGAAACCUCUUCUGCAGCCUCUUCUCCAAGUACAGCAAGAACGAGGGCAAGAGGCGCGAGGUGUUAUCGGCGGCGGCGGCAGCUGGAGUGUCGGUGGCCUUCGGAGCCCCAAUCGGAGGAGUUCUGUUCAGCCUGGAGGAGGUGAGUUAUUAUUUCCCCCUGAAGACUCUGUGGCGUUCCUUCUUCGCCGCUCUGGUCGCCGCCUUCACGCUGCGCUCCAUCAACCCGUUUGGAAACAGCCGCCUGGUUCUGUUCUAUGUGGAGUACCACACUCCCUGGUACAUGGCCGAGCUGGUCCCCUUCAUCCUGUUGGGGGUGUUCGGCGGCCUCUGGGGGACGCUCUUCAUCCGGGCCAACAUCGCCUGGUGCCGACGCAGGAAGACCACCCAGCUGGGGAAGUAUCCGGUCCUGGAGGUGAUCAUCGUGACGGGAAUCACUGCCCUGCUGGCGUACCCCAACCCCUACACCCGCCGCAGCACCAGCGAGCUCAUCUCUGAGCUCUUCAACGACUGCGGCGCUCUGGAGUCGUCGCAGCUCUGCGACUACUACAACAACCCCAACAUGAGUCGGCCGGUGGACGACAUUCCAGACCGUCCGGCGGGGCCCGGGGUCUACAACGCCAUGUGGCAGCUGACCCUCGCCCUCGUCUUCAAAAUCGUCAUCACCAUCUUCACCUUCGGCAUGAAGAUCCCGUCGGGACUCUUCAUUCCCAGCAUGGCGGUGGGAGCCAUCGCUGGUCGGAUCGUUGGGAUCGCCGUGGAGCAGAUGGCGUACCACCACCACGACUGGAUUAUCUUCAAGAACUGGUGCCGGCCCGGCGCUGACUGCGUCACACCGGGACUCUACGCCAUGGUGGGGGCUGCUGCCUGUCUGGGUGGGGUAACCAGAAUGACCGUCUCCCUGGUGGUCAUCAUGUUCGAACUGACCGGCGGGUUGGAGUACAUCGUCCCUCUGAUGGCCGCCGCCGUCACCAGUAAAUGGGUGGCCGACGCCUUUGGGAAGGAGGGCAUCUACGAGUCUCACAUCCAGCUCAACGGCUACCCCUACCUGGACGUCAGGGACGAGUUCACCCACCGCACCCUGGCCACCGACGUGAUGCGUCCCCGCAGGAACGACCCUCCGCUGGCCGUCCUCACGCAGGACAGCACUACAGUGGAGGACGUGGAGACGCUCAUCAAGGACACCGACUACAACGGCUUCCCUGUGGUUGUGUCCAGGGAGUCGGAGAGGCUGAUUGGAUUCGUCCAACGCAGGGACCUCACCCUGGCCAUCAAAAACGCCCGUCAGAAGCAGGACGGCGUGGUCAGCAGCUCCGUGGUCUAUUUCACAGAGGACGCGCCGCAGCUGCCGGCCAGCAACCCUCAGCCGCUGAAGCUGCGGCGCGUCCUGAACCUUAGUCCCUUCACCGUCACCGACCACACGCCCAUGGAGACGGUGGUGGACAUCUUCCGCAAACUGGGCCUCCGGCAGUGCCUGGUCACCAGGAGCGGGCGUCUCCUGGGCAUCAUCACCAAGAAGGACGUCCUUCGCCACAUGGCCCAGAUGAUGAACCAGGAUCCAGAGUCCAUCAUGUUCAACUGACUGCUCACCUGAGCUCUAACCAGUCAACUGUUUCACUGGAGUUUAGGAACCAGUUCUGAUGAUUUUAUUUCAGCAGAAUGAAGCGGGGAUGGAUUAUUGAACAUGUGGGAUGAUUAUGGUUGUAAUGGGUUUCCGUACACUAACUCUAAGCUGAUUUUAUUGCACUUUUUGGUGUUGCCAUAUGUAUCUGUGCGUUGCCAUGUAUUUUUCUCCCUCUGAAGGUUUUGUGGAGUAGUUCAGACCUCUGUUGAUCCUGAAGUGACUCCAAGCUACAACCAGAGACGCUGCUGUUAGCUCCUGUUAGCAUCUGUUAGCUCCUGUUAGCUCCUGUUAGCAUCUGUUAGCAUCUGUUAGCGCCUGUUGCACUCCGCCGUCCCUCUGGACGGCUCCAUUCACUCCACUCACCUCCACUCUGAAGUAUUAUUUCUGUAUGAAGGUAAAAUCCAUCCUCAGUGUUUGUUUUGGUUUUUCUUGUCGUGAUUUUUUUAGUUUUUCUUUAUUGUAACGCUGCUGAUGCUUCACAGAAACGGUGUGGGGAACUUAUGAAACGAUGCUAACCUUCAGGUCUGGUUCUUUUAUCAGAAACUGUUUCUUCUGUUGCAUUUUUGAUUUAUCAAAGUUGGAAGAAUAAAUGUUUGAGGAAACUGAAGCGA